AUGGCUAGAGUUACACCUAUCUUUAAAAAUGGUCAACGUAAUCUACCAGAAAACUACAGACCAAUUUCAGUUCUACCUGUCAUUAGUAAAAUUAUGGAAAGAAUUCUAUAUGAUCAACUCUAUAAUUACUUAACAAAAUUUGGAAUUCUUAGUGACUGUCAAUUUGGUUUUCGAAAAUCUCAUUCCACUACUACAGCAUUAUUGGACUGUACCAACAAGUGGUAUGUUAACUUGGACAGGAAACUAUUUAACCUGGUAGUUUUGAUUGAUUUAAAAAAAGCAUUCAACACUGUCGAUCAUCAAAUUCUAUUGAGAAAAUUGGAGCUCUGCAGAAUAAAAGGACAAGCUUUCACUUUACUCAAAUCUUAUCUAACAAAUCGAAACCAAAUAUGCCAAGUUAAAAAUGUUAUUUCAUCAGAUAGAACAAUUAGAUGUGGGGUACCUCAAGGCUCUAUUCUAGGACCACUCUUCUUUUUGUUAUAUAUUAACGAUCUGCCUCAAUGUCUGAACAAAACAAAGCUUCAACUAUUUGCUGACGAUACAAAUUUAACAGCUGCAGGCCAAUCUAACUGA